GCGGACCACUCGCUGAACGACUCAUCUACUCCAAACAAUAUUAGUACUUCUUUCAACUUUAGAAGUGCACAAGAACUACAACAAGAGGAGCAAUUAUAUAGAUGUCGAUAUGAUCUUGAUCAAUCCAGGAGUCAUAGUGCUGGCCCCCCUCCUCAACCUCAUGGAGGAUGUCCUCAACGCCGUGCUGCGGAGUUUUUCUACCCGGCGCAUGGUGAAGUAGAGCACGUAACGUCGGUAAGUGCUGGUCCCGAAGGAUCUACAGAGGAGGAUGCAAAUGCAUGUAGUUACAACGGGAGACAACAACAUCAAACGUGGUCUUCAACAACAUCAAGCAGCAGUGGUCAACUACAUCAGGACAACUAUCAUUUCCCCCAGCACGAGGAAGACCUACUUCAACCAGCAAUAGAUGUCGUCGAGGGAGAACAUGAAAUAAGCUUGUUGCGGCAAGAGCAAAAAAUCUUGCGUGAGCAACAGCAGAAAUUACAAAAGCAGCAGCAUCUACUUAAUUUGCAGGAGCAGAAACUGCGCCAAUUGCAGGUAGAAACACAACUACAACAAGGACAACAGCAAAUGCAAGUCGAACAACAACAACAAGCACAAAAUGGAGCUGCGCAUCCGCAUGGAUCACCAAAUAAUAGUAUCAUGCUGGCAAACGGCACAUCCAACGCCAUCAGCAAGAAC